GAUAUCAUCUGUCAGUUAGUUUUCGAUGUCGAUGUUAAAAAACAUGAAUGAGCACCGCGCGUAAUACCAUCGGCUGCGGCGGCUACGACCGUAGUAUCUGAAGAGGACAGCUUUCGCCGAUUAUCUGGUUUUUCUCGUAAGCUUGUGGCCGUUGACACCGCAGCGUGCGGGUCCCGCAGUGCGCGAGUGUGUGCUUUGGCGAACGUAGUUGAGGACGUCAGCUGAGUCGCGUAAACAUUGGCCUUACAAAGUUACGACAAUGGCAACGCCGCUUCUCUUGUAAUCAUUGGCGUCUGACGAUUAGCGGAAUCCCGUGAUGAAAAUCAACAUGAGGGCGUUUAUACUGGUCUUGUUAACAGGAGUGACGCUUGCGGUGGAGGUCCACUUCGAAAAUAAGGACAGCGGCUUCUUUCUGAAACAUACGGCGAGAUGGAGUGGCGCGGGCCCGCCGCCCGAGCCGGUCGGCACGGCGCUACCCGGCGCUCUGCUCUCUCUCGACCGGUUCACGGUACUCCAAGGCUCGGCGCCGGCUUCCGUUCGAGCUACAUACGGCCCGUUCUCUACCAAACAAACUGUCCCAGCAAGAUAUGCUGUACCAGAUCCCUUAGAGCCACCAAAAAGAAAUGCCACCUUGGUAGAGCUCCAAGAUGCCACGGCUCAUAGACUCGACGUGUCUGCUCAUCUUGUGUUUCGGGAGCUACCUCGUGAUGCUCCUGUACUCCGUGUUCUCUUCCAUACUGGAGGUGAAGGAGGCACGCGACGCGCCGCCACCCGACCCAGGCGUGUUUGCAUCACACUACACGCGAGUCUCGGUUCCAAAACUCUCACUGCAUCUUGCGGUCCCGAAGGUGAAGAGGGCGCUUGUUUGGCUGAGCUAACCGUUCCUGCUGCUUGGUGGCCUGCCGAUGGAAAGGGUAAACGUCCGCCGAAGAACAUACGUUUGGCGUACAGCGCCGCUGAAGCGAGUAACGGAGAGAGUCCGGAAGGAGCGUGUGGCAGGGUAUCGGUACAACCGGCGUGGCCGCUGGGCUCCGUCACUCUAGCCGGCGCCCGCGCGGGCUACCGGGAGGCGCGGGCCGGAGACGCCGCAUUGCUCCUGCCUCGCGCACCACUUUAUCCUCAUUCUCGUUUACAUCUGCCAUUUGUCGUACGACGUGAUGCCAGCCACGCUAUUGGGCAUGUCGUUAUAAGGAUGAAAGUAAAGUCUGGGUUGAGGUUAGUCAGCGUAUCAGCCGCCAACUCGCGCUGGGCGGUGACCGCGGAAGUAAAGCCUCGCGCCGCCACUGUGACUGCCACACGUCUGGAGCAACCGCUACGAGAUGAUGAUCAACUCGAAACGGAUAUGGAAGACACCGUUGGCGCCGGAGGUCCAGGAUGGGAGGAGAUCCUCACGUGGCUAGUCGAAGUGGGCGCUGAAGGCGAGGGGGACGCUGAAGGGGCGGAGGGAGAGUCUGGCCGCGGCACAGCGCGCUUGUCCUGGUCCGCCAAGGUCUCAUCAGCUCCUAGUUCAGGCUCUACGACCGAAGAAACGCCUCACGAGCACAGAGUCAACACGCGGUUGGAUAUCGAAAAGGAUGAUAUACAAUCUGUUCUUCCAAUAUCUAAGAACUGGGAGGUGUUAAACACGGCUGUGCUGACUGGGCGGCAGGUAUCACAGGCAAUGAAAGUCCUGAUCGUCUCUCAAGCCGGCCAGGUUGCUGACGUCACACUCCAAAGCUCCUGCCACUCGGAAGAUGAAAGCGUGCUUAAGGUGUCAUCGUCGUGUAGCUCCGUGUAUGUCGACGGUUCUGAGAUCCGGGGCUCGUCGAACGCUUCCGUAAUCGUGAAGUACGGCACAUAUACCGGUCUAGCGCGCUUCACUGUCUGGAUGCCAGAGUACCCACUCGAGAUCGACGUCGACGACAAUCGACUCUCGCAAAUCAAAGGUUGGAAAGUACCUGAUGACGCGAACGCUAAGGACAGACUGAAGCGCUCUCUAUCGGCGAGAGGAUGGGGCGGCGCGCGACCCGACGGCACCAACUCACUCACAGAACAACGAGCCUGUCGGCUGAGAUAUCAGCAGAGCAACGUCGAGGUGUAUGCUCGGUUCCUGGCGAAGGACCACGACUCGGGUCGCGUGUCUUACCUGGUGUCGCGACGUACGUGGCUGCAGGUGACAGAGCUGGUCUUGGCGCUGCUCCGUGUCUCCGAUCCUCGUAUUGCCACGCUAAGGGACCGCGUGCUGCAAGGACGUAGUACCGGACGUACGGAAGUGCAAGUCCUCUCUCCUAUCACUGGUCGGGUGAUUGGUCUCCGUGAAGUGCGUGUGGUGAACGACAAAGUGACGAUCUCUCGUCUACUGGUGCGCGUCAUCUCCGGCCUGCAGCUCAACAUCUCUCCGGACAGUGCUAUUGAGAACGGAUAUGUCUCCGAAACAACCGUCACCAGGCGACUGACUGCUCAGUACCAGGAAGGCUUACUGGACAUAGACAUCGAGUUCUCUGAUGGUAGCCAUACAGCGCUUCGAGACGUGGCCGUAUCCGACUACUACCUGUUGGUGGAGAGCCUCGACUCCGAAGUGGUGGCCUUCGCGCCAAUGCUGGCCUCGAGACAUCCACGCGUCAUUGCCGUUGGAGAAGGUAGUGGCGAACUGCUUCGAGUGACAUUAUUAACGCCGGAACAAUGCCGAGUGGGUCCGUUACGUCGAGUGGCACUCCCUGGCAAGGGUGACGCUAAGACCCCCGCUAACAUUAAAAACAUCCCCGGUGCCCUGGCUACCGCGGCUGCCAGCGUGGACGUAGACUUCAGCGGGAGCGACCUACCGCAGCGGCCGGACACGCCACAGAAUGAUGAUAUCAUGGCACGCGGAGGAAUCAGGAGCGGCAUGUCCGAUCUAAGUGACGUAUUAAAAGGUUUCUCUCCGUUCAAAGACGAGAAUAACCACGAGCCAACGGUGCAAGCACAACAGUAUGGCUCCAUUUUCCGAGGCGGCAGCGCUCGGCCCCGCCCCCCGCCUCACAUGACGCCGCUUGAAAUCGGAAUGUAUGUCCUGCUGGGAGCUUUUUGUUUUGCAAUUGUGAUUUUCGUAGUAUCAUGCGUGGUAUACGCUUCUCGUCUCAAACCCGCUAACACAGAGCUAGGUAUCGGCGGCGGACGCUCGCUACCCGCGGUAGCUGAAGGCGGGCGUCUGCAGGUAGCGGGGCUAGUCGGUACUACCCUGGGCUUGGCUAGAGACAAACCGUCUAGGGAAUCAACAACCAACGCUCAUGAUUGGGUUUGGCUAGGCCGUGCAACAAUAGAAAGAAAUGGUAAUCGACAACUGGCGAACCGUAACUCCAGCCAACCGAUCGAUAAAAGUAACAACAACGAGAUGAGAAUCACAUCUAAUCCUCUCAACUAUAAUUACGUUGAACCCGAUGACGCUAUACGAGAAAAUGGCAACGUCAUGGUCACCAGUUUCGACAACCCUAAUUCUAUCGAGCUGCCGUCCCAGAAUGAGAAGACCAGGACCACGGAUGACAAGACCAGGAUAGAGGAUAAGAACAGGGUGAUAGACUCGACGACGUACUGCAAGAAGCCGGCUCGACACGCGCGACAACACUCCGGAGACGGUCAUUGGCAGGUGGAUGCAGCUGAUCUUGACGAGUACCGACCCCCCGUGCCGCCGCACAGGCACUCCUCAGCUACACAACCCCAGAUACCUGUCCCGCCACGCAACAACAAGUCCUUGCCAGAAACAGUCAUGCCACCGACGCGACGCAGCCACUCACGCGCGCACCACAAAAGACACGACCGCGACCGCAAAGACGACCGCAACGAUGACCGCAAUCCCGACCGCAAUCGCGACCGCAAUCCUGACCCCGAACCCGACAACGCCUCACCCGAACAUGCACGACGUCCGGACCGAAUUAUUGAUUUGAACGCGAGCAACACCCCGUACAUGAUGAAUCGAGAGCCGAGCGAGUACUGCGACUACCCCAUGCACUACGAGGCCGAGUUGUCCGAGCUGUCCGAAGACCCGGUGGAGAAGCUGAGCAAGGCGGACUGUGCUCGCCUCUUCGAGUUUGACAGCGACGCGCCGCUCGUUCUCGAGAACAAGGACUACCGCGAGGUCAUCGGUCUCAACAGAGGCACCGACGACUCACGCCGCACCUUCACUAAGCCCGACAGCCCCGACUACAUGCUCGACUCUGGAAUUGGUUUGCCCGACGUCCAGAUGAGACACAAAAAGAACAAGGAAUCAAACGUUCAGGGAGAUUUCGUUGAACCCGGCACUCAGAUUAAAGGGAGCACUUCCCCUGAGGUAAAGCGCGCAACGAUCGUCGGCAAUCCGAUGUACUCGCGACGCGCCGCGGCGGGGGCUGUGGGGACAGACGUACAGGCGGACUCGCUCGGCCUCGACGACCUGCAUAUGGACUACGACCAGAUCAUGCACUACUUCCACAACCUCAAGGAAUCGAACGCCUGAGUAGAGCAGAUCAUUGCAAAGAUCCGGCAGAUAUUGUCUACGUUUAAAUAUCAGCAUGUCGUGAAAGCUUCUCCGAUCGAGGUAUACGAUGCGGGCGCGGAGGCGCGCGUGCCGGGGGGCCCGGCGGGGGCAGGGGAUAGUACCGUUGACGCUCUCAACAACAACGCGCCCGCGCAAGCGCACCUCUACGAGAAUAUUGACGGCCACAGAGUCGCGCCUACGCAAAUGCUUUGCGACUCUAUCGCUCACAAAAAUAAUUUCAUGAAACGUCAAUUGAAAUUUUUACUCGACCAUCUGAGCGAGGCCUACGAAUGAGUGCUGUCAACGUAUUAUCCUCCGUACAAUAUGUGUCGACAUGGAUCCUUGCAGUGAUCGAAAUCCAAAACUAUACUAAAAUGUAAACUGUUUUAUACUAAUAUAGCGUUAAACGUAUUUAAUCUAGUCAUCUACAAAGCUGCACAUUAUUUAUGAUGUAUUUAAUAACUUAUCGUGUGCAUCUAGUUAAAUAAUACUCGUAAUUAUGUCAAUACAAAUAUUAAUGUAAGGGAAUUGUAUACACGCGUUGUUUUGUCUGUAUGUUAAUAUAACUUAUUGAACGGGCUAAUUAAGUAUCCACGUUAUAUCUACAUAUGAAUGCGCGAGCCUUGACUGUUGUCGCUAUAUUCCCGUACCAAAUAUAAAUCUUGCAUUUUUCCAACACCCUGUACAUAUGUUUCCACUAGUAAUGGUAAAAACGCUACCUCACUUAUAUGUAUGUAUUCUUAAAUUAGAGCUUAGCCGAUACUCGUAUUUCCGAGCAUGUAUUACACUAAUUGAAAUUGUAAAUCUUUCUUAUAUAUGCGUUUACUACAGUUAUUUAAUUUUAUUUCACUUUCUUCGACAUUAUAACAAAAUACAAAUGAAAUAGAUAUAAAGACUGCAUGAAGCCAGUGCUUAGAAUGUUAUUUAUAGUUAGUAUUUCAUAGCUUAAGACAGAACUAGUCAAAUAUAACCCGUGAGCUAAUUCAUUUGCUCAAAUCUUGAUGCGAGUCUCACAAAAUCUGAUAUCGAUGUUAGUAAGCUUACGGCUUGGAAACAUUCCUUUGUGAUUACCACCGCCUCUCUUUAAUAUGUGUACUAAAAUAAUCGUAGUCUAGUUGAUACCAACUAUAUUGACAAUUUUAACAUUUUGUCAUAUUUAACAAAAGCUUUGUCAAUUGUCUAAAUCCGAUAUACAAAAAUGGAAUUGUGAUAAAAUGACUGCUAGGAUUGAUUUUAAAUGCGGUCGAUUUUAUAAAUUAAAAUGCCAUAUCAUGAGACCUAGCGCUUGUAUUAUAACAUGUAAACACUUAAUAUUAAUUUAUUGAGAAUGUAAAUUGCAUAUAUCGGUAAGAUAGCUCCUUAGGCUUUGUAAAUAUUGUUAUGACGUUAUAUAAUUUAUAGGUAUUCAUGUGGAGGCGACGAUGCGGGAAUAGAGAAUAUUUUUAGUAGAGUCGCUUGACAUUCUAUAAAAAGCGUAGUAAUGCACUCUGAAAUGUGGUAAAAUUGUCUAUUUAAAAACAAGUAUCGAUCCUAAAUGCUACACUCCGGAAUAUAAAAAGAGAAUAUUGACCAAUAUUAUUGUAAAACAUAUUUAUGGUCACAAUAUUUCCAAUCUGUGACAGAGAAGGCGCUUUACAUUGCAAUCAAUCUUUCUCUUUCUAUUCGGUGUGUAAAAUUUAAGGUUAUGUACUUCACUUUAGUCAAUGUUUUAAUGUAUUUGUGUAUUUAAUGUGACCGUAUUAGAAAUAACAAUCAGUCAAAAAUAUUAAUUAUUAUUUAGCUAGACGUUCAGUAAUGUUAAACUGUUUAUUGUUAACUGUCGAAACACUUAUUACUUAUAUUGUCAUCCCUUUCAUUAUCUUUGAAAAAACAGAGACAAUGUGUUUUGACAAGUGUUUCGCGGUAUAUUUUGACAGUUCAUUUAGCAAACUGUUGUACGAAAUCUCUUUGAUAAUUCAGAUAGUGUGUUGUUUGGCUUUCGUCGUUAGAUUAGUCACGACUCUGGAUACAAAGUACAUUACUCUGUAGUAUUUGUUACUGGUACAUUUGUUUCUGUUGAGUUUUUUCAAUAAUAAUAUAUUAAAAGAGAAUUUUAUUAAUAACUAUUGCUACAGAUUUAUACUUGUAUGCAAACUGAGGCUUGUCACGAAAAUCCUUUCAUAAAAUGUCAAAUAUAAUAAAUAUCAAUAUUAAAUAUCAAGUGUUUCAUUUUAAUUAUCCCUUUCCCGUCCCAAAAUUACUGUGACCAAUGACAUCCAUCAGUCAAUUUAACUUUAACCAUAAUCAACAGAUGUCAGCAAUAGUGAGAUGUUGGAAAUAUUCUACCAGUGUCUACGAUGGCCAGAAGAUAGGUCAAGAAUUUUAUUACUUGAGCUAGACGCUCUAUGUACUGCCUACACUAUCGUAGAUUUCCUAGACGAAAAUCUUUUAAAAUAUAUUGUUAUCUUUUUAGUCCAAGACAAUGACAGGGAUCACAAUAGUUUUUAUACAGUGAUUUUGAUUUCAGAAACCAACAGUCAACCGACAGUGCUACUUA